GUUUGCUUAAUUUUCUCGUUAUCUUUUUUGUUUUCUAGUCAUCACUGCCAUGGCUAGAAAGAAGGUCAAACUUGCAUACAUAACUUGUAACUCGAAGAGGAGGGAAACAUUCAGAAAGAGGAAAUCCGGUAUAAUGAAGAAGGUUAAUGAAAUCAGCACACUUUGUGGGAUAGAAGCGUGUGCAAUAAUCUAUGACAAGAACAAUCCUCAACCAGAGGUUUGGCCAUCAGAUUCCGGAGUCAGAAAUGUGUUGUUCAAGUUCAGGAGUUUGCCUGAACUUGAACGAAGCAAAAAGAUGGUGGAUCAAGAAGCUUUCUUAAGGCAAAGCAUAGCAAAAGUCUACGAGCAGUUGAAGAAGCAAAGGGAGGAAACAAGAAAGAAGGAAAUGACCAAUAUCAUUCAUCAUUUCAUUCAAAGUGGUGAAUUCAAUGAAAUGAAUUUAAUGAGCAAACAUGAUCUCAAUGAUUUGUCUUCUUUUAUUGAUGAAAAUAUGAAGGAAAUCGACGGAAAGAUGAAAGGAAUGCCAAUUGAAGUCCAAGAGGAGGUUAUGAAUGGAAGAGAGAUGCAAGAAAAUAUUGGUCAUGUCCAAGGGCUGGUGAGUGGAGAAAAUGGUCAACUAGCAAAUAUGGGUCAGUAUGUCCAAGGAAUUGAGACCAACAUUGAAGAUGAUAUGCAUCUUAAUUUCCAACAAUGGCCAAUGGAUUUUUCUAUGUUUCAAUUUCCAUUUGUUAACGAUGGCCCAAAUGGAUUUUAGUUUCUAGUUCAUAAUUGAAUUGAAUAACAGUCUCAUAUUCUCUUCCAAUGUGUAGUAGUGUUUUACAAAAUAUUUUCAAUUAAAAAAAAUGUGACUGCUAUACAAUGGAAGAGGAUGUGAAUCUUUGAAACAUUGUUUUUUAGUAUAUU